CUUUUCCCAUCUGUGUGAAGAGGGGAAGCAGGAUGAAAGUUGGGCUAGUGAGGGGCUAUGCGGAUUCUGAGACCAGUAGGACUGGACGGGGGCCUCCUGGGUACCUUGUCUGGAAAAGCUGACCCAGGGCUUGUUCAGAACCUCACUGUUGCUCAGACAGAGGUGGUGGGUGAGGGGCUGCGAUCCAGCGUUCCCAUUCCCUGUGGGGAGAGAGCCUGAUACCGUGGGUUAUGAAAUAGGACUCAAAAGAACUUGGUCAAGCCCAUAUUGGGAGCCGGGUCAGGAGAGCGGGGCCUCCUGAUGCCAAAGGCCACAUGUCAAACACAGUGAGAUCCUGGCUUAUAUGCGGACGUGAAUGUCUUUGUUCUUAAAGAAAUGGCACAGACUCACAAUGACUUCACCCCCGGACCACUGGCCCCUGAGGUCACCAGGCUCUCCUGUCCCAUCUCAUCCAGUCCCGACCCUGGACAGGGGUCUCUCUGCGAGGCAAGUAAGUCAGGACUUCUCGAUCCAGGUCCACCUGCCCGGGAACAAGUUCUGCUAGGAACCCACGUCCCGUGCUAGCGAGUCCAGGUAUCUAGAAGGAGCCCAGGCAGGGAUGGGCUGAAGCUGAAAACCGCACUUCCGCCCGGCAUAAGCACUUGACGAAGGUUCAGACUAAACAUUGAAGCCUGGAAGGACAGUAACACUGUCCAGUCAAGGGAGGCGGGGGCGAACCCAGGAGAAUAACCAGAACUGCAGGGGAGGUGUCAGGGUAACAGGGUCUGAACAACUGUCCAAUCAGGGCCCGGAAUCUUGCCUGAGCAUUAUCCUUUCGGAGUCCUGGGGUGAGUGUCAGGAGUACCAUCCAAUAAGAUCGCCACUUCCCGGAGAACCAUUCAAUCAAGGGCUGCGGGGGCGGGUAUUACAUACACAAGAAGCAUCUGGGAGAGGAGUGCGUGGGACACCGUCCAAUUAGAGGGCGGAGGCCCGGAACUCCGUCCAAUCAGGACCGGCGGCGGCCACCCUCCCCGCCCGCGCAGGCGUCUCUCGCUUCAGACCUGGGCUCUCCAGCAUGCCUGAGGGUUGCGGCCCCAGGUGUCCUGUUUUCGUGGCCUCGCGGGCUCCGGGAAGGAUGCUCUGGAGAUCCAGGAACUGGCAGAUAUGGACUCAGUGGUCUUUGAAGAUGUGGCUGUGAACUUCACCCUGGAGGAGUGGGCCAUGCUUGACCCUGGUCAGAGGAAACUCUACAGAGAUGUGAUGCUGGAGACAUGCAGGAACCUGGCCUCUGUUCUUGCCUUCAAGUUAAAACUAGAUCAAGUACUCAGUGUGAUAUUGUGAAGAAUGAGCUGUGCAGUGAAGAGAAAAAAGUAAGAAUCACAAGAAAUGAUUUCUGGUCUGUUUUUGGAGAAAACUGGAUGUUUCUUGACAUCGGAGGUCACCAGACCCUAGAAAGGGAUUGGAGAAAUCAUUUGGUGGAAAAGCUCUUCAUAGUUAAUGAAGGUCAUCACUGUCUGGAAGCCCUGAACCAAAUUACAGAUGUUACUGUGCAUAAAGGAUAUUGGCCUGGAAUUCAGCCCUGUAAAUGCAGUAAGUGUGGAAAAGCCUACAGGGGUUGUUCUUUCCAAAAUCAGCAGAGAUCUCUCCCUGGAUACAGACAUUAUCCAUGUGAGGAAUGUGGGGAAGCCUGCAGCUGUGUCUCAUGCCUAAGCCAUCCUAGGGGAACAGACAUUGUAGAGGAACCUAAUAAAUGUCAGGAUGCUGGGAGAACAUCUAAGAGAUGCGUGAAGAGUCAUGGUAGUAAACGGUCUUCAGAUUGUAAGAAAUCUGGAAAAGCUCUCGCUUUUCCCUCAUCCUUUAAGGGACAUGAGAGAGGUCAGCAUGGACAGAAAACCCACAUGUGUAAAGUCUGCGGGAAAUCCUUUACCUAUCAUUCGUACCUUGCAUGGCACAUGAGAACUCACACUGGAGAAAAACACUGUGAGUGUGAGGAUUGUGAACAAGCCCUCCGAUAUUCCUCAUCCCUGGUUGGACAUAUGACGAUACACACCACUGACAAACCUUAUGUGUGUAAGAAAUGUGGGAAAUCCUUCAGUUGUCCCAAAUACUUCAGAAGACACAUGAAAACAUACAGCGGCAUGAAACCCUAUGAAUGCACAGAAUGCGGCAAAGCCUACAGCUCCUCCUUAUCCCUCAGGUAACAUGCAGGAACACACAGUCAGGAGAAGCCCUAUGAAUGCCAGCACGGCAGGAAAGCCUUCAAGCAUCAGAGAUAUUUUAAAAAGCACGUGAGGAUGCAUGGUGGAGCAAAGCCCUACGAGUGCACAGAAUGUGGCAAAGCCUACAGCUGCUCCAUGUCCCUCCGGGAACAUGAGAGAACACACACGGGGGAGAAGCCCUUUGGAUGUCCACUCUGGAAAAGCCUUCAUGCAUCAAGCCUCCCUUUGUGGACACCUGAGGACACAUAGCAGGGAGAGAGCCUAGACAUGCACGCAGUGCCAGAAAGCUUUCUGUUGGCCCUCCUCCUUAAGGAAGCAUGUGCGAAUGCACAAUGAGGAGAAGCCCUACGCAUGUCAGCAGUGUGGAAAAGCUUUUUGGUACCCCACAAACCUGUGAGGACACACACCAGGGAGCAACUCUGAACACCAGGCCUCUGGGAGAGACUUCACUUUCACUUCAGACUUGGAAUGUGAGCAGCGCCCUGGAGCAGAACCUUGUGAAUGGGACACUGUGGGAAAACCUUCAGCUCUUCACUCAUUUCAUACACAAAAACUCAGGGCAUGACAGAAAUCUCUUAAUGGAUAUAAAUAUGGUUUUCCCUUCCUAAGUGCCUCAUCCUCAAUAGGGAUCCCAGGGUAUUCAUUUCUAGUUCACGUUGCUAAUCUGAACACUUAAGGUAAAUAUCCCUCUGUCUCCUUCAUCUGUACUAGUUAUAUUUCGUUACCUUUGAUUUUUCAUCAUCAUGCAGUCAUAUAAAGUUUAUCUCAUUUCUAUUACAAUGUGUUUUGGGUGGGAGGACUAUGUCUCUUGGCUUGGGGGAAUCUUAGUUUUCUAACCAAGCAUGAUAUCUGUGCUUUUGCAGUGAAAGUGCAGAGUCCUAACCAUUGAACUGCCAGAGAAUACCUGUUACAAUGUCUUUUUAAAAAUUAUUUUUGACUGUGUUGGGUCUCCAUUGCUGUGAGAGGGAUUUCUCUGGUUGUGGCGAGUGGGGGCACUCUCUUGUUGCAGAGCAUGGGCUCAGUA